UUCCUGGUCUUCCUUUUUACAAAGUGUCACGGUUAGACCUGUUGUUUCUCUUGCUACAUCUGCCCAGUUCUAUCAAAAAAAGUUGGUGGAGGUGUUGUGCCGUAUAAUAAGUCGACGGGAACCACAUUAUCAAUGACGUGCGAGUAAAAGAAGUUGAUUGAGCCAAAAUAAUCGAGGCAGGAUGGGGUUUGGAGAAGCGCUGUGGUGUCCGCAGGCCCACGGCGCCCUGCUGAAGCUGCAGGACUCAGAGCUGCGGCUCAUGGAGACCAUGAGGAAGUGGAUGACCCAGAGGGCCAAGAGCGACAAGGAGUUCUCCCUGCAGCUGCACCAGAUGUCCGCCAUGGUGGAGAAGCUGGAGGGGUCGCAGCCCGGAGGGGGGCUGGAUUACAUCAGCCAGCUCAAUAAGUCUUGGACCGCCAUGGUGAGUGAGACAGAGAGCCUGAGCAGAAUCCUGAAGAAGCACUCGGAGGAUCUGCUGGUCGGGCCGGUCAGCAAGCUCACCCUGCUAAUCCGCGACAAGCAGCAACUUCGCAAGAGCUAUGGGGAGCAGUGGAACCACCUGAACCAGGAGCUGAGCCGGGUGACACAGGCGGAGCUGGAGAAGAUGAAGGCGAGCUACCGACAGCUGGUGCGGGAUGCAGGCCAGGCCAAGAGGAAGUAUCAGGAGGCCAGCAAAGACAAAGAGCGUGAGAAGGCGAGGGAGAAGUACAUUAAGGCAACCCUCAAGCUACACGAGCUACACAACGAUUAUGUCCUGUCCGUCAGAGCCGCUCAGCUGCAUCACCAGCACCACUACAGUCACGCCCAACCUGCCCUACAGGACACACUGCAGACCCUGCAGGAGGAGAUGGUGCUCGUGCUGAAGGAAAUCCUGCAAGAAUACUUUGACCUCACAAGCCUGGUCCAGGAGGAAGUGAUGUCAGUCCACCGUGAGAUGGACAAGGCUAUCAAGGCCAUAGAGCCGCACAGAGAGUACGAGAGCUUCAUACAGCAAAACAGGUCUGUGGCCGAGGUGCCGCCCUGUGUGGAGUUUGACAGCAGCCUGGUGGAGGAGGCGGAGGGGCUGACCGCGGGAGAGCUGGAGCUGAACGAACUGACGCUGGAGGGCAUGCAGCACCGGCUGACAGCGCUGGAGGAGGAGCUCCUGUCCCUCACCUCCACGCUGGGCAGCCAGCAGGCCGCCAUUAACCAGCUGGAGCUGGAUCUGCAGGCAGAGGAGGAAGCAGCCAACCUGGGCCAGAGGGUGUACCAGUUCAGCAAGCGCAGCGCUCUAGAGGACAGCAGGCAGCAGCUGGUCGUCUCCAUGGGCGCCCGCACCCGCCUGGAGGCCCAGAGGCUGAUCCUGGCAGAGAAGCUGCAGUCGCUGGGUGCCCAGGACCCCCCUCCCGUGUGCCUGGAUGACGACCGCCUGUCCGUCACCUCCGCCGAGAGGGAUAAGGACAACUAUAAACUGCUGAACCUGGACACCAUCAUGAGUCAUCUCAGCAGCAUGUUCAAGCCCAAAUACACGGUCCCGCCCGCCGUGCCGCUGGUGCCCGAAGUGCAGAAGCCCCUGAGCCAGCAGGGCUGGUACCACGGCGCCAUCCCCAGGGUGGAGGCGCAGGAGCUGCUCAGGUGCGACGGGGACUACCUGGUGCGGGAGAGCCAGGGCAAGCAGGAAUACGUGCUGUCUGUGCACUGGGGCGGCCAGUGCCGGCACUUCAUCAUUCAGAGCACAGAUAACAUAUACCGCCUAGAUGGAGAGGGCUUCUCCAGCAUUCCCCUCCUGUUGGACCACCUUGUCAGCUCCCACCAGAACGUCACCAGAAAGAGUGACAUUGUCUUGAAGAGGCCAAUCCUCAAGGACAAGUGGGUUCUGGAGCACGAUGAUGUCAUCCUGGGACAGCACAUUGGCCGGGGGAACUUUGGAGAGGUGUACAGCGGGCGGCUUCGCUCUGACAACACGCCGGUAGCAGUGAAGACCUGCAGAGAUAAUCUGUCCCCCGAUCUGAAGAGCAAGUUUCUGAUGGAGGCCAGGAUCCUGAAGCAGUACGACCACCCCAACAUUGUGAAGCUGAUUGGAGUGUGCACUCAGAAGCAGCCCAUCUACAUCGUCAUGGAGCUGGUGCAGGGAGGGGACUUCCUGUCCUUCCUGCGGAACGAGGGCACCAACCUGAAGACCAAGAUGCUGAUCAAAAUGGCGGAGAAUGUUGCGUCUGGGAUGGAGUACCUGGAGAGCAAGAAGUGUAUCCACCGGGACCUGGCAGCGCGGAACUGCCUGGUGGCGGAGCACAACGUGGUGAAGAUCAGCGACUUCGGGAUGUCCCGGGAGCAGGAGGACGGCGUGUACUCCGCCACGGGGGGGAUGAAGCAGAUACCCGUGAAGUGGACUGCGCCGGAGGCGCUAAACUACGGGCGCUACAGCACGGAGAGUGACGUGUGGAGCUUUGGUAUCCUGCUCUGGGAGACCUUCUCUUACGGCACCACUCCCUACGUCACCAUGACCAAUCAGCAGACGCGCGAGGAGGUGGAGAAGGGAUACCGCAUGCCGGCCCCGGAGGGCUGUCCGGCUGAGGUCUACGCCUUGAUGGGCCGCUGCUGGCAGUACGACUCCAGGAAGCGUCCGUCCUUCCACACCCUGCAGAAAGAACUGAGCACCUCGUACCGCAAACAUCGAUGACUCCCGUGCCCUGCCGGGCAGACACGAACAUGCAGAACCAAGCGGUGUCAUCGAGGCUUAGCUCGUACAUCUGAGCAGAUCACCUGCUGGAGAUGAGCAGAUUUUCUCACCUCAGCGUUGGUGCCCAUUGUUGAUCGGCAGAGGUGUCGCAUGGUGUCUCUCUGCCAGUCAUAGCGGAAUGUGUGUGAACGUGAGCGUGAGAGAGGCAGGAGAAGUUGGUGCAGCACUGCUGUUCACUUGAAGAUUUGUACAGUAGAUACUAGGGAUUUUGUAUGUUUUUUCCCCAAGUGGACAGCUUGCGCAAUUAGACUCAAAACUUUGUAGAGGAAAGGCAUAUUGAAUAGCUGUUAAGAUAUUAUUCAUGUUUGCCAAAAUGUGCUUUAAAAAAACUAUUGACAAAUGUUUAUGAAAAUAAAGGUGGCCUAUUUAAAUGUUCUGCUGGUCAAAACAUUGAUACAUCUUUCCCAGAUGUAUCCAUGACAACAGUAGAUACAAAUCACAGCAACAUCACGCCUGAAAGAUGGCUGGUAUUAUGUUUAUUUAAUGUAAACUCCUGUAG